GAUUAUGAAGAGGUGCUGGAGGAGAUACUAGAGCAGGAGGAAUAUGAAGAUCCAGGUGUUCCUGUGCACCAGGUGGAGGAGCCUGAAGCUCUCCCCACAGAGCUAGCAGUCACAGACUACCAGAUCACAACCCAACAGCCAGGCACCCACGAGGUCUACGUGGAGCUCCAGGAACUGGUGAUGGAUGAGAAGAACCAGGAGCUGCAGUGGAUGGAGGCAGCACACUGGGUGCGGCUGGAAGAGAACUUGGGGGAGAAUGGGACCUGGGGCCGCCCACACCUGUCUUAUCUCACCUUCUGGAGCCUCCUGGAGCUGCAGAAAGCCUUCACCAAGGGUACUGUCCUCCUGGACCUGCAGGAGAAUUCCCUGGCUGGGGUGGCCAACCAGCUGCUGGACAGGUUUAUCUUCGAAGAACAAAUCCGGCCCCAGGACAGAGAGGAGCUGCUUCGAGCCCUACUGCUCAAACACAGCCAUGCCAGUGACCUGGAGACCCUGGGAGGCACGAAACCCACCAUUCUGACCCGGUCUGGGGACCCUUCCCAGCCUCUGCUUCCCCAGCGUCCCUCACUGGAGACACAGCUCUUCUGUGAGCAGGGAGAAGGGAGUACAGAAGGCCGGUCACCAUCUGGAAUACUAGAAAAGAUUCCCCCAGAUUCAGAGGCCUCGCUGGUGCUUGUGGGCCGUGCCUCCUUCCUCGAGCGGCCAGUGCUGGGCUUCGUGCGGCUGCAGGAGGCCGAGAACCUGGAGGCCAUAGAGCUGCCCGUGCCCGUUCGCUUCCUCUUCGUGCUGCUGGGCCCUGAGGAUCCCCACAUUGACUACACUCAGCUUGGCCGGGCUGCUGCCACCCUCAUGUCAGAGAGGGUGUUCCGCACAUAUGCCUACACGGCCCGGACCCGCGGGGAGCUGGUGAGCUCCCUGGAAGACUUUCUGGACUGCAGCCUGGUGCUGCCUCCUACGGAUGCCCCUUCCGAGCAGGCCCUGCUCAGCCUGGUGCCCGUGCAGAGGGAGCUCCUGCGGAGGCGCUACCUGCCCAGCCCCGCCAAGCCAGACCUCAGCUUCUACAAGGGCCUAGACCAGAAUGGGGGCCUUGGGGGACCCGAUGGCUCAGAUGACCCUCUGCAGAGGACAGGCUACUUCUUUGGGGGCCUGGCCCGGGACAUCAGGCGGCGCUACCCCCGCUACCUGAGUGACAUCACAGACGCGCUCAGCCCCCAGGUCCUGGCUGCUGUCAUUUUCAUCUACUUUGCUGCCCUGUCACCUGCCAUCACCUUUGGCGGCCUCCUGGGAGAAAAGACCCGGAACCAGAUGGGGGUGUCAGAGCUGCUCAUCUCCACCGCAGUGCAGGGCGUUCUCUUCGCACUGCUGGGGGCCCAGCCCCUGCUUGUGGUGGGAUUCUCAGGACCCCUGCUUGUGUUCGAGGAAGCCUUCUUCUCGUUCUGUGACAACAAUGGCCUGGAGUACAUCGUGGGUCGUGUGUGGAUCGGCUUCUGGCUCAUCCUGCUGGUGGUGCUGGUGGUUGCUUUCGAGGGCAGCUUCCUGGUCCGCUUCAUCUCGCGAUACACCCAGGAGAUUUUCUCCUUCCUCAUCUCCCUCAUCUUCAUCUAUGAGACCUUCUCCAAGCUGAUCAAGAUAUUCCAGGACCACCCACUGCAGCAGCACUAUAAAUACAACGUGACGUUGCACCCCAAACCUCAAGCCCCCCUGCCCAACACAGCCCUCCUGUCCCUUGUGCUGAUGGCUGGCACCUUUUUCUUUGCUAUGAUGCUGCGCAAAUUCAAGAACAGCUCCUACUUCCCUGGAAAGCUGCGUAGGAUCAUCGGAGACUUUGGAGUUCCGAUCUCCAUCCUAAUCAUGGUCAUGGUGGAUUUCUUCAUCCAGGACACCUACACUCAGAAACUCAAGGUGCCCAAAGGUCUCACAGUGUCCAACGCUACGGCCCGAGGCUGGGUCAUCCACCCACUGGGCUUGUAUUCAGACUUCCCCGUCUGGAUGAUGUUUGCUUCUGCCCUGCCAGCCCUACUGGUCUUCAUUCUCAUCUUCCUCGAGUCUCAGAUCACCACACUGAUCAUCAGCAAGCCCGAGCGCAAGAUGAUCAAGGGCUCUGGCUUCCACCUGGACCUGCUGCUGGUGGCGGGCAUGGGUGGGGUGGCCGCCAUCUUUGGGAUGCCCUGGCUCAGCGCCACCACCGUGCGUUCUGUUACCCACGCCAACGCCCUCACAGUCAUGGGCAAGGCCAGCACCCCUGGAGCCGCAGCCCAGGUCCAGGAGGUCAAGGAGCAGCGGAUCAGUGGGCUCCUGGUCUCUGUGCUUGUGGGCCUGUCCAUCCUCAUGGAGCCCAUCCUGUCCCGCAUCCCCUUGGCUGUGCUGUUUGGCAUCUUCCUCUACAUGGGGGUCACAUCCCUCAGUGGCAUCCAGCUCUUCGACCGCAUCUUGUUACUGCUCAAGCCGCCUAAGUACCACCCAGAUGUGCCCUACGUCAAGCGGGUGAAGACCUGGCGCAUGCACCUGUUCACGGGCAUCCAGAUCGUUUGCCUGGCUGUGCUGUGGGUGGUGAAGUCCACCCCCGCCUCGCUGACCCUGCCCUUCGUCCUCAUCCUAACUGUGCCCCUGCGACGCCUUCUGCUGCCACUCAUCUUCCGGAACCUGGAGCUCCAGUGUCUGGAUGCCGAUGAUGCCAAGGCGAUCCCUGAUGAGGAUGAAGGUCGUGAUGAAUACGACGAAGUGCCCAUGCCCGUGUGA